AUGGAAGGAAGGGGCUUCUCCCGCCCCACGGAGCCCGCUCCUCCCGCGCUACAUGACGCCCCCGGCUGUCGGCGCGGCCAGGAGGGACAUUUCCAGGGUAGGAACGGCCCGCAGGCAGCCGUCAGCCGCGGCGGGCCCCUCACACAGCCAGCCCCUCCGCGAAGCCCGGCUCCCCCCCCGCCCGGCACCGGCGGCUCAAACGCGGGCGGGAGGAGGAGGCGGCUGCCCCCGCCCCGGGAGGGCUGGCGCCCUCGCCCGGUCCGGCCUCCUCACCUCGCGAGAGCCGCCGGGAGCCGCCCGCCCGCGCCCGCUGAGCACCCGGCGGCAGAGGAGGAGGAGGUGGCGGCCGCCGGGAGCAUCGCCCUCAGGAAGCCAUCGCUCCCGCCCCUCCGCGGAGAGGGAGAAGGAGGAAGGCAGAGAGAUGGGAAAUCCAGCGCGGCGAGGCUGGCCCCUCCUUCGCCCGAUCGGCCCCCGGCGCUGCGGAGGACCCGGGAGGGCGGCGGCGGGGGCCAUCUGCCGGCGGCCGCGAGUGGAGCGGCCCGGCCCCCUCCGAUGCCGCCACAGGCCUCGGCCGCCACCGAGCUGUAUGGCGACGCCACCGUGCCUCUUCAGCAGACACUGCCUCCCACUGAUGCACCUUCAAGGCACGGCAGCCGAUUCAACACCUUAUCAGAGCUGACGCCGUCGCUUAGAGAUGGCUUAGCAAGUUCCUUGUGCUGGGAGAGGAGGCAAGAUUCAGAGCUUGUGGUAGGUAGAAGAGAAUCAAACAUGUCUCCUUUCCCAGGACUUAAGAAAAGUCCACAAAUCGGAGCGAUAUGCUUGUUGCACUUUGCUGCUGAGAAUCGUUGAGUGUUAAUAGCCGCGUUAGAGAAAGGCGGCAGGGGAGCUGCCUGAUUGCGCCUAGAAAAAUAGGACAGAAAGAUGCUUAUUGGGUGCGAGCGAAGGAAGAGGCUCGGCAGCUUUGGAAGUCUUUUGGCUGCUUCUGGUAGCGUGCCUAGUUUCAAUGAAAGCAUCAUUGUCACUGCAGCAGGACUGUGAUUGGUCGCCAUCCAUCCUGAAGGGGUGGAUUACUGCAUAAACCUCCGAUUUCAAGCGCUCUACAAGUGACUGACGGAUCUGGGAGAUCGAAUUCAUUUAUGUCUAAUUAGGAACCCCGAAAUGGGUUCAGUGAGAGCAACAGCCUAAAUCUAUGAAGAGUUACAGUGGUGGUACAAUAGUACUGUCUGUGUCAGGGACUACUGCACAACCUGGUCUUCAGAAGAAACAACACAACUAAUAGUUUGAAAUUGGUGGGACUUGUCAAACAAUUUUAUUAUGAUUCCCCAUGACAUCAACCAACUCUAAAUAAUGUUAGAAAUUAUUUCACCAGUGUAGACAGGAUCACUAUAGGCUACAAUUUGCUCUCUUUCCAGUUUGCUGUUUACAUGUAAUGAAUAAAGACAUCCUGUAAAGAAAAAAAAUUAUUAGUAAAAUAAAAUAGUAAAGAAGCUGUGCACUUUUAAUAUAUAGCUAUGACAAUCAAACCUUGUCUGGAUAUAUAUGUGUAUAUACAAAUUGCACUAUAUUUCUUCUCUAUGGACAGUCUUCUGCUCCAUUUUCCUCACUGUGUCUGCAUCCUUCUCUGAUGUGUGCAGAACACCUGCUGACCUCUUCCUUUCCUUCCUGCCAAUCUUUUCCUUAUGGCUCAACAGAAAACUGUAUUUCUUGCUUGCUGUGUACACACAAGCUACUUUCUGUCAAGGAACUUGAGCAUCUUCUGGCAGGAACCCAAAACCAGAAUAGAGAAGUCCAUGUCUUUUCUAAUGCCCAGGAGAGGAAAAUCAGAUCAUUAUGUCUGCAUAAGAAAAACCAUGUAAUUUCAUGCCAAUGAUAGUAGUGGGUGGGAUAGUGUGUGAGUUAGAUGCCUGCAAGGAGUGUUGCAGUAUCCACAGCUUCUAUUUAACCAGCAGUAGUAGAGCAGAGUGGGAACUAGGAGCUUCAGAAGACAUUGAUCAGGGAGAGAUCUGACACAGAGAGGGAUGUGGGCGCAAAAAAUAAUCCUCAAAACUGCAGCCUUGAUGCAUCACAUUAACCAUUAAUUGUGUGAAGGAACUUCUGAGCUCUUGCAAGUUUAUACAGCCUGAACUGACAUCAGGACAGGCUUCUUUAACAGCCUGUUUCCCUUUCCUUCUCAGCCUAAAUCCUAUCUUCUCAUGAAGAUAAGGCAGGUGUCAAUACGAGUUCGUACCAAGCCAAGUGCUGUCAUAAAGCAGGGUUUUCAUAGUCUGAACUGCUGCAUGUGCUCCCUGUCAGUUUCUCUACCACAUGGAUUAUGGCUUUAGCAAUGGAGAAUCUCAGUCUUUUUUCCUGAGAAGUAAUAGUAUGAUGUCAUUAAUGUUAUGGUGUGAUCAACAGCAUGAUCCUACUCCUGCUGAUGCCAGUGGAAAGAUUUCAGCUGCCAACAGCAGGUGUCAGACCAAGAUUGACAUCACACCCUAGAGUCACCGUGCUGCAGAGCACUAUGGUAGGAGGAACCAAUUGACCCAUCCUGAUAUGCAAAGCUGCCUUGCAUUGUGCAUCAAAAAGUCAGAAUGUUUCAUGAAAAACAGGGCAGAAAACAACUCUAAAUAUAAUUAACAUGACCCAGACUUGCUAGUUGAAUUUCUAAGAACAAAGGGAUGGCUUCCCCAGCUAGACAUAUGCAACCUCAUAGAUACUGCUUACUGCCCUGGUUGACUGCAGACAGAGCAGAGCUGUGCUGUCUUAUAUACCAGCCUGUCACACAUCUACAAGGAGAGGUACAGUUUAAGGGAGUGCUACUUUUCAAUCAAUGCAAUUACUAAGGGUAUUUUAAAGACCAAGAGGCAGCUGACCUGCCACUCUGUGGAUGCACUGGAAACAGAAUUAAAACAUGCAUUUCCAAUUAUGACUAGACUCAGAAGUUUGUGAAGCUCAUCCAUGCAUGCCAGUUUUAUUUCCACCCAGCCUAAAAAUAAUGUGCAGCACUUCCAAUUGUGAGGUGUAUUUUUUUUUUGUUCACCUGUAAUUUUUACCCAAUGAAUAUCUUUGUGCUCAUUCUCCAUGUGUGGUGACACUAUUAAAUGUGAUAUUUGAGCCCCUCACAUUGAUCGUGUCUGUUCAGAAGCCUGUAGCUGUACCAGGACUUAGGGAUAUUUUGAUGUGAAACACUAAUUAGAAAAGAAAGAGCAGAAAGUAAGUAGCUAGCUAACUGCACAAUAAUAAAUGUGACUUAUAUUGCUGAGUGAUUGGAUGUCUGCUUUGCAUUUCACCAGUUGAGACAAAAUCAAUAGGGAAAAAAGUGUGCCCUCCAUCAGUCACAGGUUUGGGAAAAGAAACGGCACACUUGUAAGUAGUCCAUUGUUAUCAGUGCCUGAGUCUUUUCAAAGCUUUUACUCUGGGUUGCUGUAUGCUCUUAAGAAAAAAAGAAUUUCUUAUGAAAUAAUUUAGUACCCUGCACACAAAAACUCUUAUUUUGUCUCCAUUUUAAAUAGGCUGAAUAUAAAUGCAGCAGCCAAGAUGUAUAUUUUGAUAGGGCAUACUUUGAUGGUUGUGUUAAGAAGAGAAUUACAAAGAGCAGCUGACGCCUCAUUAAAAUCUUUAUAAGAAAAA